UAGUCUGUAAGUCAUUUUAAACUGGGAUGUGUGUGCCUGUGAACUGGUGGACAGUUAAUCAAAACACGCUUGAGCCCUCAAAAAGCAUACACUUAACAUACCCUGUGUUAUGUUGAGUCUUGGUUGAAUUGAAAAUGACUUCCUUAUGUGCGUUGUUAAUUGUGGAUAUAACCAUAUAUUUACAAAGUAAAUAAUACCAACUAUUCAGAAGAUUCACUGUUUAUCAUCUUCAAACCAAGCUUCCUGGUAGUGGCUUUUAUUUGUUCAUACAUGGAGUAUAUUUGUCCCUAAAUAUUGAUGAAAUUCUACCUCGAGGUAGAAUAAAUGUUCUGUUACCGUUUAGAAUGUGCUAUUUCAAAAUUUUUACGGAUUCAUAGUUAUUUGGGUUAAUAAUACUUUGUUAAUGUGCCUAAAAUGUCUCAACUGUGAAGGGCGAAAUGUAUUAAUACACUGAUGAUCAGAUCUACUGGUGGUUUACCGGAAUCAUCCGCAACGUUUAAUAAACCGAACUGUGAUAGGGACGGCCAACGCAAUACAGCUAACAGUCUAAAUAAUGUUGUUGUUGUUACAGUCCCGUCAGUUAAUCUGACAAAUCCAUCUACUUCAGUGGUUGUUGUUAGUCAAUCGACUACUACCAUGUCUAGUUCUAGUCGUAAUUCUCGAAAUAAUAUUAAUUACAAAUGUUCAUGCAAAGAGUUAGCAUCUCAUCCUUCUCAUCGUUCUAAUCAUUAUUCAUCUGGUGUUCAUUCAUCACAUUUUCAACAUCAUGGUAAUCAUCAUCACCAUCAUCAUCAUUAUAAUCAUCCUGGUCAUAAAGAAAAUUACACCUCUCGUAGUGUCGUUGAAAGUAGUAAUUCAUCUUCCGCCAGUGGGAUAGGCAGUGGGACUAGUUCAAGUCAUCAUUAUUCUUCACAUUAUUCUACAUCUCAUCAAACCGCCUCAACUUUUCAACAAAACAUAAGACAUAAUUCAUUCCCCAUUAAAUGGAAACCAGCGAUAAGUAGACACUUACAAGAGUUCAUGAUCAGUCAAUGGGAACAGUUUCAUACACAUCUGUUACAUUCGAAUAAUAUUGUUACAGAAUCAUGCUGUACUGGAGCAACAACAAUAAAUACUGGUACACUGACAACAGUAGCUAUUAACAAUCAGUUUACCACGUCUGGUGAUUCUACUAACAAUCAUGACAGCCCAUCAUCAUCAAAUGACAUGACUUCAUCAAGAACUAGUUUAUCUGAUAAUUCUUCAUCAGGGCAAAUCGCUAAUUCCCAAUCUAAUAAUAAUGGUAGUAAUAAUAAUAGUGGUAAUAAUUCACCGUCGAUAAUUGAAUCAAAUAUUAUUGGUCGUAGUAGCGGUAGUAGAGUGAAUGAUUUACCUGUUACACUAGCUACUAUUACUACUACUACUAUUAGUGAUACAACACAUGGGGCUGGUAGCAAUAAUGUCAGUAGUAACACUUGUGGUGUUGCGAUAAGCAAUUGUAGUAGUUAUCCUAGACGUAAACCAAGUUGUGGAUAUGUUACAAAUCAAAUGGGGAAGGUUAUGAAUACAGGUUCAUUGGGGUGGAAAAGAAAUCAGACUUCAGGAAGAAAAAACUCCUCACCUGGGAAUUUCAACAAUCGAUAUCCUGUAAAUUACUUCAGUAAUCGAAACUCUUCAUUCAUUAUAUCUACUACUACUACUACUACUACUACUACUUCUACCACUGCUACAUCAAACAGUCUACUUCCUGUCGUCACGUAUAUUUCAUCAUCUAUAACCACCAUCACCACCACCACUACCACCACAACAACAACUCCAACAGUAGUGAAAUCAUCAAAUACUGAUCAAAUGACUAUCACCACUGUAACCGUAAAUAAUCAACCCAAUUCGCAGAGUUCAAGUGUGAUUGAUUUUAAAACUAAUCCUUCAGUACCCACUCUAUCGUCGUCAUCAUCAGAGAGUUGUAUACAACAGAAAGUUUCUUCUCUUCCUGAAUCCAAUUCAAUUUUUAAAGUUGAUAUUUACAACACUUUGACUGUAACAAAUUCAAUAAUAAAUUCACAAAAAUUGGAAAUAAAAACAGAGAAUAUAGAUAAAGUUUCAGAUAUGAAAAUUCAUGUUAACAACAACUGUGUUGUCAUAGCACAACAACAUCUGUCUGACUUACAUCUUACCAGUGGUGAUGAUAAUAAUAAUACAGUUGUUAAGUUGAAAGAAGAUAUUCCAGUUGACGAAUCGACGAAAAAUUCAUGUGUUACUUUAUCCAAUUCAUCAUUUUUAUUAUUGCCUGAAGAAGAGAAAACAUCAACUACUGCAUUGAUUUCGAAAGUUGAUCAAGAAAUCGGAAGUUCUAUUAGCUGUGGAAAAGUUGAAGAAGGUGAGUGCUACUGGACUCCGGAUCCCCCAGCCUCUCCUGAAAAUAACACUACCCCACAUGAAAAUUAUUCCAGUAGUUAUCAUUCAACUAGUAUAUCUCCAAGUCCUCCACAACUAUCAGUUUCAUUACCAUGCUCAAAAGAUCUAAACACUACUGUCUAUCAUCCACCGCUUGGUAUCCGCACAGAAUUAUCUUCAAUGCUUGAUUUUCGUCGAUGCAGUCAACCCAGAGAUUCUCCUCUUAUCUCUUCAUCUAACAAUAGUAGGUUAGAAAGCCUCAAUGAUGUUGAUUAAAAUUCUAAUCAGCAUUCUUUUUCUAUUGUCUGUUAUAAUCAUCAAUAUUUAAUUGCCUCCAGGUUUUCUUUAUUUUGGAAAAACUAAAAAUCCAUUUUAUUUUCGUUUUGACCAAUUGACAAACCGGUGGGUUCCUCUGAACCUGCACUUACGCUUGUCACAUUUUUCUUAUACUGCAUUAAAUUGUUUUAGUCCCCCAUUUAUCUGAUCUAUUUACCUAUAUAAUUAUACAAUAAAAUCUAUGAUUUGAGACUGUAUAAUAAUUUUAUUCAGUUAAUCAUAUAACUUAUUAUUUGAGCGGAUUUUGCAUUUGCUUAUUAUUUUUAAUUGCGAAGUUGAUUAAUUAUCGUUUACUGAUUUUGUUUAACUACUGAUAUCGUUUGUUAGUAAUAUAAUCUUUUAUUUCAUUUUGUUUUUACCCCAAUACUUUUAUUUUUAUCGUCCGUUCAAGGGGAUUAAUAAUAUAAGCUGGUAAUUUAUUUAUUAUUGUUAUUAUUCUGUUUAGGUAUCUUUUAUGCUGUCAACUGUAUGUUUAUUUAUGUUGUCUUGUGCAUUUUCCAGGUUUUGUCCCCUCCUCACAGCCUCAAUUUGAAAUUUUUCUGUGCUAUUGUGGAUAAUUUCCAUAGUAGUAGUAUUAUUAGUAUUGUUUAUUUCUUAUUUGGCUGAUUUUCCAUGUUUUAAUUUUAUAAUAAUACAUUUCAGAGUAGAGG